GCUAGCCAAUCAGAGCCUGCAUGAGGCUGGACUCGGCGGAAGCGAACGCUAACUGGAGCUCCCUAUCUCACGGCUGCUUGGGUCGUAUGGACCGGUUUGGAUAUUCUAGCUCCAGCGAGGAGAGAGUGCAUGAACAUGAAUUGCUGUGGCCUCUUGUGUGCCUCAGGAUCGUCCCAAAGCACGUUUUCUGAGACGAGCAUCUUGCAGUCUUAGCAACCCGGGCAUCCGCAGGGUCAAAGGCCACAGCGUCAGCCUCCAGGGGCGGCCACUAACCCACAAGUCCCGAUGGGCCCAGCGGAGGGCACGGCGAGGCCAGGGCGCUUCUUCGGUGUCUACUUGCUCUACUGUCUGAACCCUCGGCACCGGGGCCGCGUCUACGUAGGGUUCACCGUAAAUCCUGCUCGCAGAGUUCAACAGCACAACGGGGGCCGCAAAAAAGGCGGGGCCUGGCGGACGAGUGGGCGAGGGCCCUGGGAGAUGGUGCUCAUCGUGCACGGCUUCCCGUGCGCCGUGGCCGCCCUUCGGUUCGAGUGGGCCUGGCAGCACCCGCACGCCUCCCGCCGCCUGGCGCACGUAGGGCGGCGCGCGCGCGGCGAGGCGUCCUUCGCGUUCCAUCUACGCGUGCUGGCGCACAUGCUACGCGCGCCGCCCUGGGCGCGCCUCCCGCUCACGCUGCGCUGGCUUCGCCCCGACUUCCGCCAGGAUCUUUGCCCGCUUCCACCUCCUCACGUGCCGCUGGCCUUCGGGCCGCCUCCACCGCGAGCCAGGAGGCGUGGAGCGGUUCCCAGUGCCGACCGGGAGCGGGACCGGGUCGCCGAGGCCCGCUGCACUUUGUGCGCCUGCGCUCUCCAGGAUGAAGAAGGCCCUCUGUGUUGCCCCCAUCCUGGCUGCCCUCUAAGGGCCCACGUGAUAUGCCUCGCAGAGGAAUUCCUUCAAGAGGAGCCAGGGCAACUUUUGCCCCUAGAGGGCCAAUGCCCUGGCUGUAAGAACUCACUGCUGUGGGGAGACCUGAUCUGGCUGCGCCAGACAGGAACUGAGGAGGAUGAGGAAGACUCGGAAUUAGAAGAGGAACACUGGACCGACAUGCUGGAGAACUGACCCCAGUGCCCCUGAACCCCCACUUCUUUUUUGUGCCACUGUUUUUUACUUGUGUACAAUAAAAAGCCUGAGUU